AUGUCUUCAGAAGAAAGAGACACCAAAAAAAUAUCUUCAGAAAGAAAAGGCGUCAGAAAAAGAUUUUCAGGAGGGAAGAUCUUUAAAAAAUUAUUUUCAGAAGGAAAAGCCUUCAAAAAAUUAUCUUCAGAAGGAAAAGCCUUUUAUAAUUUAUCUGCUAUAGACUACAAAGACAAGACUAUUGACUUUUCACACUACAAAGGUAAAAUGUUACUAAUCACUAAUAUGGCUUCUACAUGUGGAUUUGCCAAGAGUAAUCUUUCUAUACUAGCUGAUAUUAUGACACUGUAUAAAGAAUAUGGCCUUAAAAUAUUGAUCUUUCCUUGUCUGCAAUAUUCAAAAGAUGAUACUGAUUUACUUAAAAAGAUGUAUAACUUAAUAACAGAAUAUUCUGAUGAUUUUACAGUAUUUAGUGAUAUUAAUUUGGUCGGUAAAAAUAUACAUCCUGUUUAUAAGCAUAUUGUAAGGUAUAGAAAAGAGUUUGUAGGAGAUUUUAUAAAAUGGAAUUUCGCAAAAUUUAUUGUUAAUGAAUACGGUGAAAUAGUAAAAAUUUUUGAACCAGGAGAUCGUCUAGAAGUGCGCGAUAAAAUAUUUAAAAAGCUCUUAAAAAAUAAAAUUGCAGAAAAAGAAGUUGAAAGAGAAAUAAAUAAAUAUGAGGGAGAUCCUUAUGAUCUGCAAAAUAGUAGUGAAGAGUUACAGUAUUAUUAA